AUUGUAUGUCUUAUUGCGAUUUACAAUUAUCACAUCGAUAAUCGAUAUUGACGCUAUUCGCAUUUCACUGAUCCGUGUGUUUUAUUUUUAGGUAAUCGUCGUAUAAUUUUAAUUUCUACGCGUUUUGUUUUGUGAAUUUAGUGUUGUGCGAUCAUAUUAAUUUCCAGCUGUCGUGCUGAGUACUAGAAAUUAGAAUAUAAAUAAUUUUAAUUUUUUGCAAUCCGUGUUGUAUAUUGGCAAUUCAAAUAGUACAUAACUUUGAAUUUCUCGAAUCAACUUUGCGAUUCUUACGGAGACGACUUACCACAGCAAAUCCGACAUGUUUCCUAAUGCAUUGAUGGCCGACAUGUUUGGAAACGAUAAUCCAUAUAGAAAUUCAAUGCGCCAAAUGGACCAAAUGAUGAAUUCAAUUUUUGGUGGUGGAUUUCCUGAUCCGAUGGCUGGCAUGAUGAUGCCAUUUGGCGGUGGAAUGUUUGGAAAUUUUGGUUCCAUGAUGGGUAAUAUGAAUAAUCCUAUGAAUAUGAUGACGAGUGGUAAUCAUCCAGGCCAAUCAUUCAGUAGCAGCAGUACAUUUAUGUCAUAUUCAUCAAAUGGACCAAAUGGACAACCUCAAGUAUAUAAAGCUUCCACUUCUACACGUACCGGUCCAGGAGGAAUAAAAGAAACAAAAAAAGCUGUUAGUGAUUCAAGGACAGGUGUUAAGAAGUUGGCUAUUGGACAUCAUAUUGGAGACCGUGCACAUAUUGUUGAACGCCAACAAAAUUUAUAUUCAGGAGACCAAGAAGAAAAUCAAGAAUAUAUUAAUUUAGAUGAUGAUGAAGCUGAAGAAUUCAACAACGAAUGGCGCAAUAAAGCUCAAAACUUGAAUUCACAUCGCAGUCGUUAUUUGCCUUACACUCAUAGUGAGGUGUUGCCUAUAGAAGGUCAUCAAGAUCAAGGAAGAAAACGUGCAGCUAAGCAGCGGACCCCUAAAAAGAUCCAACAGUAUCCUGUAAAUGACGCCUAAGUUAUGUUAGCAAGCUAAAAUUUUUUAAUUCUCCAUUAAUUUUAUAAUUUAGAAUUAAUAAAAUUACUAUAGAAAACAUUACACUUUUAUUAUUGUAUUCACAAAUUAUAUUUCAAAACUGUGUUCUAUAAAAUAAUGUGAAAGGGUGUGAAAGAGUAUGCAUUAAAAUAGGAUACAUUUAAUAUUGUAAUAUUAAUUAUUUUAUAAGAAUUAUUAUUUAAAAAAGGAUUAGGCUAUUCUUAAUGUUUGGUAUUUAUUU